CGACGCGUUCGAGGGCGAGGACACCGGUCGGAAAGGACGGCCAGGAUCGGCUUUCGUGAAAGCUGGUGGUGCAAGCGCCGUCGAAACAUAUGCCGUUGCACCCAAGGCGAAGACGGGAGGGUCGUCGGGUAUGAUGCGGGCUUUCGAGAAGGAUGACGCUUCUCCGCCACCUGCCGCUCCGAAACCAAAGGGCAAGAGAGCCAUGGAUGCAUUCCUGGAGGAAAUCAGAAGGGAUCAGGCCGACAGAGAAGCUCGAUACUCGCGUAAUGCUCACGGACGAUCCGUUACUGCACUAGCGGCUUACGACGGCCAAAGUGGCAGCAAGGAUCGCGGCGAUCCUGAGACAACCAACGUGUUCGUGGCCAACCUGCCCCCGCAUGUGAACGAGCAGAGUCUAGGCUUCUUCUUUGCUCGCUGUGGGCCCGUAGGUUCGGUUAAAAUCAUGUGGCCUCGUGGCGACGCUACAGUUGGCCCCGGUGCUGAUAUGACGAACUCCCGGCGCUCAAAGAAUGCCGGGCUUAGCGGCUUCGUGUCUUUCAUGAAGCGUCGUGACGCCGAGGCCGCUCUAAGAGAACUCGAUGGCUUCGACUGGGGUGGUUCUAUCCUUCGCGUGGGCUGGAGUAAGGCCGUCCCGGUUGCGCCCAGGGCGCAGUAUGUUUAUGGCGGAAAGGGGGCGUCGACAUCACGCAGUCGGUCCCGCUCACACUCGCCGGCUCGACCUCGUAGACUCUCGUACUCGCGAUCGCGAUCUCGGUCCGACUCGCGCGAACGUCAGCGCUCUACUCGGCGAUCCCGGUCCCGCGACUAUCGCCGGCGUUCCUACAGCCGUUCGCGAUACGGAAAGGGUCGCAGCCGUUCUCCCCGUGCUCGGAGGAGUCGUAGCAGGUCCCCUGUGAAAGAUGGUGAUGACGUGACGGACACCUUCAUCCGGACGGUUGCCGCAGAAGUCAAGGGCCACGGCGAAGAUGGGAAGUAUGAACAAAGUCUUGUUGAGAGGGAGAAGAAUAACCCUCGUUACUCGUUCUUGACAAAGCGAAGCCAUAGAAAGCAUCGGUACUACAAGACAUUAGUGCAAGAUGGGACGACCUUACAGCCCGAGUUCGACGACGAUGGCUACAAUUCUGUUUAUUCGACUGACUCUGGGGAAGAGUCUGAGCGCGAGCAUGGUAGGAAGAACGCCUUAGGAAAACUCGCGCGACGGCGCUUCGAAGCUAUGCUCCGAGCUAUCUCUGGAAAACGUGGCGAACUCGCGCGGUGUAUGGCAUUUAGCCUUGAACACGCGGAGGCAGCGUCGGAGGUCGCCGAUAUAAUCGUUUCUUCGCUUCUGGUCGAUGGCACCCCUGUCCCGCGCAAAGUAUCCCGACUGCACCUCAUAUGCGACAUUCUCCACAACUCCGCUGUACCGCUAACUGGUGCAUGGAAGUUCCGCAACGAGUUCCAAUCCCGUCUUGGAUUGGUUUUUGACCACCUUUCAACCAUCUACCAUUCCUUUCCUGGUCGAAUUACGGCAGAAACUUUCAAGGCCCAGAUCACUGCAAUUAUUGAUAUCUGGGAUGACUGGAUUGUCUUCCCACCCGAGUUCACUAGGGAGCUACGAGAGCGGCUAGAGGGUGAAGUUGUUCGGGAACAAGAGCCUCGUGCGAAGCCAGUAGAAAGUAUUCAAGAAGAAAGCACGCCGGUGGCUCAGAACAACAAGUUCAAGUCAAGCUCGUUCAAGCCUGCGACGGUUGAGACAGCCAUUCCAGAUAUCGCUGCACGCACCGUUGAAGAUGCUGAUUUCGAUGGCGAGCCCAUGGACGAAGGAAGUGAUGUCGAGGGGCAACCUAUGGACGACGUCGAUGGCGAACCCAUUGAUGAUAUAGACGGAGAGCCGAUUGAUGAUAUGGACGGCGAACCGAUCGAUGACGUGGAUGGCGAACCUAUGGAUGACGAUAUUGAUGGUGCUCCAGUAGCAGUGUGAAGUUCUGCGCUCGUGAUAUAUGCAAUUUUACUUCGUGACGGACCAUUGUUUAUCACGCUUUUUGCCAAUCUCGAUGUCCCCGGAGUAGGCCCCAUCGG